AUGCCGUUCGGAUUCCUGAAGAAUCUCGUCGGGCACAUCGCGCACAAGGGGCACAGGGACGGCGACGCGAAGGCGACGACCGAGGACGCGACGACGGAAAGAACGGCACCGACGACCGAACCGACGACGAAGGAACCGGAACCGACGACGACGACGAAGGAACCGGAACCGACGAAGGAACCGGAACCGACGAAGAGCGAUAAGUACGUGCCGCCGAAGACGCACCUGCCGAGCCUGCUGCCGCUGGAACAAGCGGGGUCGUGGGCGGAUUUCGAGGACGACGGACCGCCGCGGGACGAAAACCUCUUGGCGCGCGAGCGAGAGGAAACGGAAGCGCGAGAGCGGGCGGAGGCGGCGGCGGCGGCGAAACGCGCGGAGGAUGAGGCGAGAGCGAAGGCGAAGGUCGAGGCGGAGGUGAAGAGCGUGUUGCAGAGCGAGGGAGUUGAGGAUAUGUUGCGCGAGUUGCCGAGCGACGACGAGGAGGAGACGGCGACGGAGACGAGAGCGUCGGAGGAUGGCGAAGCGCGAGCGCGCGCGGCGAAGGCGGCGAAGGAGAGCGAAAAGGUGCUCUCUAAGAAGGAAAAGGCGCGGUUGGAGGCGGAAGAGUUUGAGAACGCGCUCAAGGAGCUCGGGUUGGCCGACAAGGUUGACUCGGGCGACGCGAGCGACCCGGCGAAAGCCGAGGCGAGACGCAGGAAAAAGGCGGCUCGCGAGGCGAGAGAAAAGGCUGAGGCCGAAGCCAAAGCGCGAGGUGCGACAACGCAAACAGAGAGCGUCGCCGCGGAACAACCCGCGGCGCCGGUGGAGCUCGUCGAUCCCGAGGUCGCUCGCGCCAAGCUCGCCAAAGCCGCGGCGGCGAAAAAGAAGAAGAAACUCACGGGCGCCGCCGCCGUCGCCGCGGCGGCGAAAGAGAAGGCUGCGAAGUCCAAGAAAAAGGGCAAGCCUGAAAAGUCGAAAUUCAACGAGUUGCCGUCUUAA